UUCACCUUGAGAUUAACUACCCUAAUGCUUACCUAAUCUAACCAAAUCCCCCAGGAAGCAUUCGGGUGAAAUAAGCUGGGAGCUAGUCUUUAGGUUGUCCCUGUAUUUUAGUUUCUGCUUAACUACAGAAGUGAGGAUAAUUAAGGUCUGGCCUUUCAGUACCACAGGUAUGCAACUUACCAUUAGUCAAGAUGAACGUAUAAGGUCUUGGCAGUUGAGAAUAUGUGAGUGUGUCUUGGAGGAUAACUGCAAAAAAGGCCUGUGUAAUGUUAAGAAGAAAAUGGAUAGUAUAGGGAACAAUACCUUCCUGGAAGUGAAAGAAGAUUUCCUCCCUGACAAGUGUUACUACUUCGAGGUGAGCACCAACAUGUUUUAUGUUAUGUUUAAUGAAUUACUGAGACCUUACCUCAGCAUGUGUACAAUAUUAUUAAUUCUUUUGGUCUCUUACUCUCUCUCUCACUUCAACUUUUUGCAUCUCAACAAUUCUUUUUAAAGUCUUCAAUAUCUCUCCUGUUGAGUGAGAACAGUGUAUCAGGUAAGUUUCAGGAAGCUACAGUGUAUAGUACUGUAUAACAGAAUGACCUACACGUUGGAAGAACUUUUAUGCAAUAAGAGAUUUUGGAAGAAAGUUCUUAAAUUACUUUAUUGAAAGAAAAUUAGUGAUCCUGAUGGUAGAGGGAGAGAAGCACCUUCCUUUAGACAUACAUCACCAAUUUAGUCUUAUAAUUUGUCAUUUUUUGUUCAGUAUACACUGUAUAUUAUAACCAGUGUGUCAAAUCAGGCAACCUGUAAAAUACCCAGGAAAAUGAUCCAUUUCAAAUUGUGUUUAGGUUAGAUUGGGCUAUUCAGCUAGGUAUCUGAAAGGUUGCCUGAUUUGACACGCUGGUUGUAACAUAUGUACCUACAAAGAGUACUGAAAAUAUGUGUAUGAAGACCAUUAUAAGUCAAGGCACAGAAAUAUAUACAAACAGCAACAUUAACUUAAACAGGAGGGAAUAUUACUUGACUUGAGUAUGGACUACCUUAGUGUACAUGCUUGAAGAAAUUAGAAAGAUAUAAAGCUUUACAAUUUCUAAACUUCAUAAUCGAUUAGAAGACACAGGUAAGUUAAGUAGAUAAUUUAGUGAGGCAAAAUGAAGUGUUUUAUCCCAGUUUGAUUUAGUGUUGUAUCUGGCACAUUUUGUGUGGAGUAACUUAUUUAACCCUUAUCAGCUUAAUCUGUUUGUAACUUCAAAUAUUUUCUCAAAGAUACUUCCAAAUAGUCACAGUGACUGCCCUCUGCUGACUGGGGGGGGUUUCACACACCCUUCAGGUUGUCAUCCUCGUGGCCCUGCCUCUACUUCUCCACAGGAGCACAAGCAAGUCUUCUAUCAAGUAAGGUUUAGUGUGUACAGAAUUGCACUUUGUUUUCUGACGUAUCUAAAUGCUACAGUCAUGUGUAUAGUUGUACAGUAUGACAAUUUUCUUUAGUCCAUGGCUGUUAUUCUCUUGUUCUUCCAUCCAAUGGCCGGGGUGUCAAGUGUACUUCACGUGUUCUUAGUGGUGGCGGGAGUGACUGCAGUAGUAGUAGUAAUAGUAGCAGUGGUUGUCGUCAAGAAGUGGUGGCGUGUGAUCCUUGCUACAAGAACUGAAGAAAAAUAUACUCUAAGGAGGGAGGGAGUAGGCAAGAAGUCCUCAGUGCUGGUGAUGUACUCCCCUGAUAACCUCGUCCACCUUAAUACUGUAUCCCAGUUCAUCGUGCACCUCAGAAAACAUCUUCGUUGCAAGGUGUACGACAUCUUUGAGAAGGAGGAUACUGAGAAAAUGGCAGACCCUAAUUGGUGGCUGUUGGAGAAGAUGUCUGCUAAGUUCUCCAUGAAGGUGGUGUUGGUUUUGUCAGAGGGAGUGACACAGCUGCUCCAGACACUGCUGGAUGGUCAAGAGCUUAUGGACAUCAAUGAUUCUCAAAGAAACUCAGCAGAGAGAAGCACCUUUACUGACAUUGACCUCAACAAUGCUAAGUUCUUGACAGCAGGACUCAAACGUUUACUAAAUCAAGACUUUGUACACAAUUACAGUCGGCUGUUUGUGGUCAGUAUUGGCGAGGUGGAAACAAUGAGGGAUAGCGCCAUCAACCUUUUGGUUCACAGUCGACGCUACAGACUACCCGAACACUGGAGUCACCUGGUCGAUGCUCUCUCAGGGUACUGUACAAUGUUACAGUAUGUUAUCUAUAUCUAUACAGUACAUAAAAAAGAAAUAGCACAGAUUUAAAAUGUGUGUAGUAAAUCCUUGUUAUUCAUGGGGGUUAGGUUCCAAGAAAUGGCUCUGUAAAUAAUGCACUGUACUGUACUAUAUAUAAAACUGGUCCUGAUAAGUAGAUAUUGAUCUUCCUUUUUUUCAUUUUUAAUGAAUCCCUUUGAACUUUUUUUAUAAGUUCAGCCAAGUAACCAUAUUUUGAUCCUUCUGCACUGUACAAGCCAUUGAUUAUAUAUUGUAAUUUUAUUACUGUACCGCGAUUCAAUAACAAUGUUAGUACUGUACAGUAAUUGUGCUAGUCCAUCAAUCAAUACAAAAAUAUGUGAGAUAAAACUUACUGUAUAUACAAGUCAUUUUACCUGUGCUGGAUGCUUCUCGAUAUAGGUGUGAGUUUGAGUAAUUAUUGCUUCUCUGUUCCCAUUCCAGACCUGAAGAUGGAGUUCAAUUAUCAGACAUUUGAGUUUGGUGCCAUGGCUUAGAAAAGUUUAUGCAAGUCUUCCAAGAUUUCUGUCUAUAUUAAAUUGUCUUUAUAGAACUGUCUUCCUGUAUCGGAUAUUAUAGAAUACACUCCACAGGAUUUUCUUCACUGAAUGGAUGCUAUAGAAUUUUUUGUGAGGAUUUUCUGCCAUGGGAUUGUCUUGGAAGGUUGGGUAUUAUUGGCCUUAUAUACCUCAUAUGAUUUUCUUCACCUGCCUGUUUAUUUAUUUAUCUAUUUAUAUAAUUUAUUUAUUAUUAUACACGUAUAAGGAAUUUCUUAAUAGGAAUGUUAAUUGGAGAUGCCACUUUAAAUAUUUAUAUGAUUUUAAUCAACUCAUAGGCAACCCCAUACACAUGGGGGAGGACUGUGUUACUUAGCCUAUCUUUACUGAAUUCUCUUCAAAGACUAACAUAUCAGGAUAUUUUGGACUAUCUUCUUAGGAUUAUAGGAAGUACUCAUCUAAUCUCAGCACUUCCUCUGAUAAAUCAAAUGAUGCUAUCAAGAUCUACUGCCAACAUGAAUGAACAAGGCACCUUUGUGAUUGUCAAUGGCACUCACGAUGCACUGUCUCUGUAGGUGAGGAAGGAGUUUACAGGAUGUGAUUCUCAAAAGCACUCAUGAUGCAUAUACAAUUUUCAUAACUAAACAAAAUGCCUAUGAGAAUCUAAGAAUCCUCAUUUUUCUGUAGUCCACUGUAGUAAUCCAAUCUAUAUUGAUUUAACAUUUAUAAAGACUGAAGAAGAAACGGAUGUUCUCAGUAUGAGUCAUGAUCCACUACUGCUAUAAUUAAGGUAGAUAUUGUACUAUUGCUGCUACACAAAUGAUUCUAUGACAGUUUACUUCCUCUCCUCAUGAUUGUUAAACUGUUAUGUGAACUUAAGAAAUAAGUGUUCAGUAGUCUUUGUGUACAACACGAUGCAGUCUGAUAAGGUUACAUUAUUUCUCAGCGAUGUGUAUAUUGGUGUAGUAUUGAAAUAUCUGUAUCUACCUAUAUUAUUUUUCCUUCCUGUAAUUGUAUUUCCACCUGUAAUGGUGUUUCUGUACCUGUAUCUAAAUUGUUUUCUCUGUACCUGCACUUGUAUCUGUACAGUAUUUGUAAUGUUAUAAGUACUGUACCUGUAUUUGUAAUGAUUGUGUACCUGCACCUGUAAAUGUGUCCGUACCUGUAUUAGUAUCUGCACCUGUAAAUGUGUCCGUACCUGUAUUUGUAUCUGCACCUGUAAAGUUUCCAUUUGUAACUUG